CGAAAUAAACAAACUUGAUAACAGAGAUCUAUAUAAGAGCUUUUGUAAGCUAUAGCUGUAUAGAACUCUAAUGCGAUUUAAUUAUUGAAGAUAAAUGUAUUAAAACGUGUACAAGAAGAAAGAUGGGAAGAUUUUUUAUUGCAGCAAUUAUACUAGUUGUAUAUGCUUCAACUACGUACGCUUACCGUUAUGUUGGAUGUUACGAAGAUAAUAGCGAGAGAAUAUUGGGAAGAAAUUUUUCUUCAGAUGACUGCAUGACUGUGGAAAAAUGCGUGCAAACUUGCAGUUACGAGGGCGCCAACUUUGGUGGUGUUCAGUAUGCGCACCAAUGUUUCUGCGGUGCACGACUAAAAAGAGGUUACAAAAAACUUGCUGACAGUGCAUGUUCUACUAACUGUGCUGGAGAUUCCAGCCAAAAGUGUGGUGGAGGAUGGAAGAUAUCCGUGUAUGCAACAAACAACUAUCUUGGUUGUUUUGUUGAUAACCCUGGCAGAAUUCUUGAAGGUCCAAGCACCAAUAGUAGCCAAAUGACGACUAAGACCUGUCUCAAGUUCUGCAAGAAAGCUGGAAAAAGAUUUGCUUUAACACAGGUCGAUUGUGAAGGAAGUUCUACAACUUAUAUUAAUCACUCUCGACACCUCAUUCCUGAUGGAAUCCAUCACCACGAGGGCAUGAGAGAAGAGGCCAGUUUCUGCCCUUUUAAUGCUGAGCGCCAAGCAAGGGAGCCACUGUACUCCAGAUACUGUUUUUGUGGAAAUAAAGUAAGCGAAUACAAACAGAAAGCUGACAGUGAGUGUAAUUUUACCUGUGCCGGUGCAAAAAGUGAAAAAUGUGGAGGUGCUUGGAGGGGGUCAUUGUAUGUUGUAUAAUAAAACAACCAAGAAGAAGCUGGUACCAGAACAUAUGUGCCUUAAGCUAUUAAACUGUAUUCUGUCAUUUGAAAAAAGAACGCUUAAAACAUAAUCUAUGAAAAUAAUUGAAUGAAUCCUAUGUUGUGAUUUCUAUAAAUUCUUAUCAUCAUAAUACAUCGUUGAAGCGUA